AUGGACAUAGUGGGGAAAUUUCUCAUGGCGCCGGGGCAGAACGUUUUCCUCCUAAUAGUAGCAGACUAUUUUUCAAAGUGGAUCGAAGCAGAAGCACUCAGCAAGAUAACCGACCUCCAAAUCAGAAAAUUCAUAUGGACCCACGUGAUCACGCGGUUCGAGGUCCCAGAGAAAAUUGUUACAGACAACGGCCCUCAGUUUACAAGCCACAAUUUCAAGGAGUUCUGUAAAGACUGGGGCAUAAGAUUCUCUUUCGCUACACCUCGACACCCUCAAUCUAAUGGCCAAGCGGAAUCCACAAACAAGAUUGUGGUAAAUAUGCUGCUAAAGAAACGCUUGGGGAGUUCUCAAGGAAACUUGGCGGAAGAGCUACAUGGUGUCCUUUGGGCCUAUCAGACUACCCCCAAGACAUCAACGCAGGAGACCCCAUAUGCGUUGGUACAUGGAGCAGAGGUUAUAAUCCCAACCGAGAUGCAUGUGAAGACCACGGUCUCGGGGACCACCUCUCAGGAGGAAAAUCAUGAGCUAAUGUCGCUGAGUCUCGACCUACUUGACGAAAAAAGAGAAGCUGCUCGACUGAGAAACUGGUCAUACCAGCAAGAAGUAGCCAAUACCUACAACAAGAAGGUCAAAACCAUAACCUUUCAGCAAGGCGAUUGGGUCCUACGACGAGCAGAUAAAACAACUGGGAGACUCACCCCAGGAUGGGAGGGACCCUACAAGUUAAUCGGGGUGUGGGGAGCAGGAGCAUACAGGCUGCAAGACACUAAAGGGAGCAAAAGUGCAAAAGUACGGGAAAGCAGCGUAAGCCUGGCAUUUGGGUUUUCACCCAUUCCAGCACCCUCUAAGUCUGAUAGUGGCUUCAUGUAG